AGAGGCAGCAAGAGUGAGAUGGGGGAGGAGAAAGGAAGAAAGGAAGGGAGAGGGGGAGAGAGAGGGAGAUUGAUCAUUUAAACGUCCUGGGCCCUGUGUUCAAGGAAGAAAUACUUACAUUCCUACAUUCCAACUAUCUGCGCUUUUUUUCUUCCCUCCCCCUCGUCGCUUUCACGUUUGAGCGGACUAAAAGAGAGGCUGGAGGGCUGUGCUUUUUUUUUUCUUCUUCUUCUUCGCUUUUUUCCUUUUCUCUCUUAUAUGGGUUAUUCCUAUCCAGGAGACGUGUCGGCACCAGCAGCACGUCUACCAGCAGGAGCAGCAGGAGCAGCAGCAGCAGCAGUGUAGGGAUAUCUGCCCAUGCACGUCGGAUCAGCCGCAGCAGCGAAAACACGAGGCGAUCAUUGCGGUGGACUGGAAGAGGAGAACAUGCACCGCGGGAUUUCACUCCGCUCACCCCGGUUGGGAGGCAGUCCAGGCUUGUUAUGGGGUUGACCGGAAGGGGAUAGUGACAGAAGAACAGUGAUGCCACUGUUUACAUAAUGACACGCUCACACACAUGCAUCAACACACGUAUAUACCCACAGACAUAGAUGCAGGCUCGCAUUGCCAGUCCUGGACACACACACACUCACUUAAACGCUCCAGCACAUACAUGUGUACACUCACGCAGACUCAGUGACUGAGUCACUGCACACACAGAGGCAAAGACUCACUGACUCACACGCAGACACAUACACAAGGGGAAAAGGUUGCUCUCAAGAGACAGGACUGUGUGCAGUGUGUGUUAUGGGCCAAGCUGAGCAGCAGCUGUGCAUUAGGGUUGGAUACCUCUGAGGGGUCAGCACAGACGCAACCCUCAACCUGCCUCCAGAACCUCGCCUUCCUCCCCUCUUCCUCCAAGUUUUCCGGCUAAACAAACCAUCAUGUCUGAGCUGAGGACCAGCAGAACUGUCCCUCCUUCAUCCCUCUCCUCCCCCCUCGGAUUUCCAUCCCUCCUCCUCUCCCUUUGCUUUUCCCUUUCCCUCCAGCCGACCUCAUUGUUGGCUGAGCAGACUGUUCCUGUCGUUUCCACGGCGCAGGGCCGCAUUCGCGGCAUCCUGACCCCUCUGCCCUCGGACCUUCUGGGGCCUGUCAUCCAGUACCUGGGAGUACCGUACGCCAGGCCACCAACUGGAGAUCGCCGCUUCCAGGCACCUGAGCCGCCUCUGCCGUGGCCGGGAAUACGGAAUGUGACACAGUUUGCUCCAGUUUGCCCGCAGUCUUUGGAUGAGAGGAGCAUGCUGGGAGACAUGAUGCCAUCCUGGCUCACGGCAAACCUGGAUAUAGCAGCAACUUACCUCACUCACCAGAGUGAGGAUUGCCUCUACCUCAACAUCUACGUACCCACGGAGGAAGACAUCCAUGAGGAGGGGGGUCAGCGGCCAGUGAUGGUCUACGUCCAUGGAGGUUCGUAUUCUGAAGGCACGGGGAACAUGAUGGAUGGCAGUGUGCUCGCAAGCUAUGGCAAUGUCAUUGUCAUAACCCUCAACUAUCGCCUGGGAGUUUUAGGGUUUCUUAGCACAGGUGACCAGGCAGCAAAAGGGAACUACGGCUUGCUCGAUCAGAUUCAGGCUCUGCGCUGGGUGAAGGAGAACAUUGCAGCCUUUGGUGGAGAUCCACACAGGGUCACCGUGUUUGGAUCUGGUGCUGGUGCAUCAUGCGUCAGCCUCCUCACCUUGUCCCACUACUCUGAAGAUCUGUUCCACAGAGCCAUUAUCCAGAGUGGCAGCGCUUUAGCCAGCUGGGCUGUCAACUACCAGCCAAGCAAAUAUGCCCAGCAGCUCGGUGAGAGGGUUGGCUGUGGCAUUGAAGACAGCACUCAACUGGUCACCUGCCUCCAGGGCCGGAGUUUUCGUGAACUUGUGGAGGAGAACAUAACUCCCGCCAAAUAUCACACUGCUUUCGCCCCUGUGAUUGAUGGCGACGUUAUACCUGAUGACCCUCAGAUUCUGAUGGAGCAGGGAGAGUUUUUGAACUAUGAUGUGAUGCUGGGGGUCAACCAGGGGGAAGGUGUGAAGUUUGUGGAGGGAAUUGUGGACUCUGAGGAUGGCGUCACAGCCGAGGACUUUGAUUUUGCCGUGUCAGACUUUGUGGAUAGUCUGUAUGGUUACCCAGAAGGCCGAGAUACAUUAAGAGAGAGCAUACGGUUCAUGUACACUGACUGGGCGGACCGCGACAACGCAGAAACCCGUCGGAAGACACUGGUGGCCCUUUUUACAGACCACCAGUGGGUAGCGCCAGCCAUUGCUACAGCUGAUCUCCAUGCUCAGUAUGGGUCUCCCACCUACUUCUACUCCUUUUACCACCACUGUCAGAGUGAAGCCACGCCGCCUUGGGCGGAUUCUGCCCAUGGCGAUGAGGUGCCCUACGUGUUCGGCGUGCCCAUGGUGGGUCCCACCGAUCUGUUCAACUGUAACUUCUCCAAGAACGACGUGAUGCUGAGUGCAGUGGUAAUGACUUACUGGACCAACUUCGCCAAGACUGGAGAUCCUAACCAGCCAGUUCCUCAAGACACCAAGUUCAUUCACACAAAGCCCAAUCGCUUUGAAGAAGUUGCCUGGUCUAAAUACACCCCCAAGGAGCAGCUGUACCUCCACAUUGGCCUCAAGCCGCGUGUCAGAGACCACUACCGUGCCACCAAGAUCUCCUUCUGGCUCCAGCUGGUUCCUCACUUGCAUCAUGUCAAUGAACUUUUGCAGUCUGUCUCCUCCUUCACACACAGCCCCUCCCCACAAGAUGACACCCCUUAUUCUUACACCAAGCGUCUAUCCAAAGGCUGGCCUCCUAUAAGCACACGCCAUCCAGGCUCACAAGGAGGCACGCCACCACCACCGGAGUCUGCAUUGGGCCAGGACGGAGGGGAAAGUGGGAUUCGGAUCCCGAAGGAGGAUUACUCGACUGAACUCUCAGUGACGAUAGCAGUAGGAGCGUCGCUACUUUUUCUCAAUAUACUUGCGUUUGCGGCUCUGCUGUAUAAGAAAGACAAAAGACGCCUUGAGCAUCGCAGACCACGUCCGCUGCCUCCUCCUAGAAGGGACAUAACACCCGCAGACGUUGCAGCUCACCUGCAGGGGGAGGGACUGAUGUCAUUACAGGUUAAGCAGCUCGAGUGUGACGUGGCCUCCGCGGACGAGAGAAACAACGCUCACCACCAUCACACUCUGGACACGCUCGACGCCCUGGACGGCUUGGACACCCAGGACAUUUACAGCACGCUGGACACCGUGCGCCUCACCUGUCCACCUGACUACACCCUAACCCUGCGCCGGUCUCCAGAUGACGUUCCCCUCAUGACCUCCCUGACCCCGGGCUCGCUGCCCGUAACCCCGGGGUCGCACCCUGUCACCCCUGCAACACCAAUGACCCCAAUGACACCUGGAUCGGUGGCUGGGAUGAGGAUGGGCCACCCUCACCAGGGUUACACACACCAUAGCCCGUAUAGUAAUACACACUUGCCCCACACACACAUCUCCGCACACACACACUCCACCACACGUGUAUAACCGCAGCCCGUCACAAACACACACAAAGUCAGAGCUCACACUCUAACGCACCCACACACGCACACACAUUCACACACACAUGCAUAAAAACAGACUGAAAUACCUCUAAUAAUUGCCCUGCAGGAUUGUUACAGAUUGAACCACGGAGAGACGUUUUUUCCAGAAUGGGAGGGCAGCCGUGUGUGGGUUGCAUGUUGGGGAACCGCAGUUUUACUGGAUUCCCCGGAGGCACAGCUCUGUGCAACGUUUGCUCACAACCCCAAUGCGUCAAGACCUGCUUUGGAUUUUAAAUAAGCUUUUUCUACACCUCAGGAGGAAGAUGAAGGGUGCUCGGGUCAGUUAUGGUCCUCCUCUACUGCACCUGAGUGACCAUCCUGUGAAUGAGGAGAUCGAACACAGAUGUAGAAACGAGUCGCGAAGUACCACACACAGACUGCUGAUGUCAUCUUGAACAACCUGUUAAAAUGUGAAUGUAGCAUUUUUUCCAUUAAAAUAGAUCAAAGGCCCUAUCUGCCAAGGAUCCAGCUAAGCUGAGAGGGAACGAAAAGGAGAGUUUCUUUUGGGAGUGAUAAAGAAGAGGAAAGAUUAAAAAGACGACAUCGGCUGAAGGAAAAAUUUAGAUUGUAAGGGAGAUGAAGAUUUUAUUGAGUGGGGUUCAACAGGAAGGGAAGCAGAAGAGGAUAGAGAUAUAAAUAAACAACAUGGAAAGUUUGCCAAGAGACAGAAGUUAGGUUCAGAUGAAGACCAGGCCUCUGAAGCAUUGCCAGACUUCUUGAAGAGUCACUCUAACCAGCUAUGUGUCAAACUCGUGUAAAUAGAAUGGAGAUACAGAUGAUAUAUUAUGAUUUAUAGCAUUUAUCUGCUACUUGCAUUAAAACAUGACUUAUUUAACCACAUUAUUGCUUUCAUUUCAAAUAUUAAUAUAUUAUUGUAUAGAUGUCCUGAAGCAAGGCUGGUUGUCUUUCCAUCUCACCCCCUGUAGUAUGUACACAGUACGUUGAUAUAAAAGCUAUAUUUGCUAUGCAGUCAUUUUAGUGUUUUUUACCUAUGUGACCAUUUAGAUACUUGUUCAGUAGCUGAACUAUAGAACAUUUUUCACAUCAUCUGGCCUUUUUUUUCUUUUAACAUAGACCAGUGCGCUAGUACUGUGUAGAUAAUGCAAUAUUGGUUUGAUGAUUAAACACCAGCCAAAAAAGAGAAGAAAAAAAACCACACAAACUCAUUGACCCUAUAACUCUCCUGUCCCCGAUUGUUUUCUGAAGCCCAACUCUUAAUAAUGCCUUUUAAAGGUAUUAUUAAUAAUGCCUAUUAAAGGAUGUAUGUUGAUGAUUAAAGGGGCCCUGCAAUUUUAUGGAACAUCUCAGAAAUUCAACGAUGAAUUAUCUCUCUCACAAUGCUUAGAAAAAGGAAUCAAAUCAAAUUUUUCACGCAACAACCACAAACUUUAAUGUAUUUUAAGGUGUUUUUUUUUUUGUGACAGGCCAACACAAAAUAGUAAAUAAUUGUACAGUUGAACAAAAUGAACGAUACUUCGUAGAAUCACCUAUUAGAGGUGUACAUUUUUUGUUUAUGUCACUGUCAGGUUUACACCUAAAGAGGCUUUCUGUUCUUUUAGAUAAUUUUAGAUAAUUUCCCCCCCAUAUUUCUUUGCAAAACAGUUCAAGCGCACAUUAACUGUAAAAUCUUGCCACAGAUUCUCAAUUGGGUUUAUGUCUGGACUUUGACUGGGCCAUUCUAACCCUCUGAUACGAGUUGAUGUAAUUCACUACAUUGUAGCGCUGGCUGUAUGUUUAGGGUCGUCCUCUUGUUGGAAGGUGACCCUUCCCUCAGGCACCAAGUCUUUGACGGCCAUUAAAAGUUUUUUUUUUUUUUUUUUUAGAAUGUCCUUCGUUUAGCUUCAUCUCAUCUUCCCAUUUUCUCUGACAAGCUUCCCUGUUACUGCUGAAGAGAAGCAUCUCCACAGCAUAAAGCAGCCACCACCUUUCAUAAUGAAAUUAGAGUUUUUUGAGUGAUAUGUUGUAGAAGGUUUGUGCUAGGUCUAGGCGAUACAGACAAAAAAUUGUCAUGCUAUUUUUUCUGCAUUGAAUGGUUUUGAACUUAUACAACAUCUUAAAAUAACCUAAUGAGAUUUAUUUAAAAAAAAAUAGCCUAAAUUAAAGACUAAAUUCCCUUAAGAUUUGCAAGACUUUUUUGUCAAUAAUGUUCUUUUCUCAACUAGCUUUAUAUUGAUGUACAAAUCCACAUGCCGAACUGUGUAAAUAUGUCAGAAUUUUAAGGCAAAUUCAGUUCACGUUACUAGUUGCUAUUCUUUCCUCCAUCAUGUAAAAAUGACUGUAAAAAUAGUGGCCUUAUGCACUGCUUGUUAGGCCUAAUGUAUUACCUGUCUUAUUGAAUUUUAAAGCCUACUGUAUUAUUACAAUUGUAAAGGAAAUUUUCUGUUUUUCAAAAAAAUAUUAAAAUGGUUUUAUUGGCUAGUA